UAAAAACUUAAACUAUGUAGAAACGCCCCUUGCUUCUACUAGCAGGCUCCACAAAUUUCCCCUUUUAAAUCUCAAAGACUAAGUGUAGCAAACCUUUACAACAUAAUUAAACUCAUAACAUUAAUAUAGAUAUAGAUAUAUGAAGAAAACAAAGUAAAGGCCUAUAGUUGACAGGAAAAAAAAGUAGGCCUACACAUGCGGAAACAACACACAAGUUGAAAUGGAGUUCAGAAAAUCUUAACUUAACUGUUUGUAUUAAAUUUGGAGGAUGCUGCUAAGAUCAUAACAUAAUCAGAAACUCAUCGCUGCAACUUCUGCUAACCAAACCCAAUGGCAGAGGUGAAUGAUGCCAUUGUCACACUAGAAGGGGUGGUAACUGAGACAUCUGAUGAUAAUGACCAAAAACCAUCUCAGGACAAUGUAGAUGGAUCUGGCAAAAGUAAUGCCAGCAAGAAAAUAAGAAAGAAAGGAUCCGUCAGCUUCAAAGAUGUUCCUGAAACCCUGACACAUAAAGUAAAGGAGAAGCCUGUGGAUGAAGAGGCUCUACUGAUUGCUGGCACUUUAGUUCUUGAUGCCAAAUCUGGCAGAAAUCUGGACUACAUUUUGGGAGAAAAAUAUGUCAGAUCCUACCUUCUGUACAAUAAGUUUUAUCUCCGAUGGACUCUCUACUUCUGUAUAGCCUUCAACCUUAUCCUGGCAAUUUUUGAAAAACCUGCUGUCCCUAAUGCAGCCCUUCCAUACUGGGGUACAAUGAUCAUGGAGUUUGUGUGCUUAGGAUUCUUUUCAUUUCGGUUAUCUCAUGCUUUCUAUUUUCAAUAUUCCAAAGUCUUCCUCAAAGAUGCCAAAAAUAUUGUUGUAUUAGUAGUUAUCAUAUUGACUUUGAUUGACAUGAUAGGCUACAUAGUUUGGACAAACGUUGCUCCAGAUUCUCAUCCAGUCAGAUGGUCUAGAGCUCUCCGACCUUUGUUUAUCAUCAAUUUUCCUGAUGGAAAGCAGAUACGCAGAGCAUUUAGAAACAUACGGAGAACAGUGCCUGACAUACUGAACGUGCUGGUUGUCUUCUUGCUUAGUGUUUUGUUAUUUGGUUUGUUAGCCUUGAAACUAUUUCAAAAAAGGAAUAUCUCCUAUCCAUCUGGGGAACCGUAUUUUAGCAAUUAUUUUGACAGUAUUUGGGACCUCUAUGUCCUUGUCACAACAGCUAAUAAUCCUGAUGUUAUGAUGCCGGCGUACGAUAAGAGCAAAUGGUUUGCCAUCUUUUUUGUUGUGUACCUGAUCCUUUGCUUGUAUAUCUUUAUGAGCAUUGUCUUGGCCACUAUCUACAACAACUACAAGAAAAACCUCAAAAAUGAAAUCAGAGAAGCAGUAUAUUUGAAACGUCAAAAACUCGCCAAAGCGUUUGACCUGAUAAAGGUGAAACGUGGCAGCGAAGAUGUUGUCACACACUCUCGCUGGAAGCAGUUGGCCAGUGUAAUCUUACCUGGCAAGUCUGACACACUCAUUGACCUGCUAAUGAAGAUACUUGACCAGGACAAUAAUAAUGUUCUAAAUAAAAAAGACUUUUUGAAUUUGUCUGACCUGCUUCAAGUUCAAUUGACUGAGGUCAAAGAUCGGCUUACUUUACUAGAGAAACACUUUCCAUCUGUUUACAACCAUCGCGUCAGUGAAUAUUUCAAAUACGUGGUGAGACACAGAGUGUUCCGGUACUUCUUUGACUUCCUGAUUGUUGUCAACGCUGUGUUUAUUGCAAUUGACCUGGAUGUGGCUGACUGGUUCUUCCUGUCCAUUUUUGCCUUUGAGAUCCUCUGUAAACUGUAUGUUCUUGGAGGGAAAGAAUUUAUUUCACGGCUUUGGAAUCUAUUUGAUGUGUUUGUUAUUGGGGCAGCAUUUAUAGCAACUAUUAUUGAAAAAGCCCUGGGAAAUACGGAUAAAGAGGUCAACACACUGGAUAUUUUACUUGUCCUCAGAGUCAUGAGGCUGAUCAAGAUUUUUGGCAGCGUGAAAAGAUUUAAGGUUAUUCUUCAAACUCUGAUAAAUAUUGGACCAUCAAUUGUCACAUAUGGAGGUGUUAUAUUUGUUUUCUACUAUUUUUUUGCCAUAAUUGGCAUCGAAAUCUUCCAUGGGUAUAUAAAUUACUAUGGCUAUGGUUCAGAGGUCAAGACUGAAAACCUGUUCUGUGGCAACAUCAAGCUGAAUAACUCUGUCUUCUACCACGAGCACUAUUGCAACAACAACUUCAAUGAUAUUCUCAAAGCUUUGGUCGUCAUGUUUGAACUGACUGUUGUCAACCAAUGGCAUGUUAUCACAUCUGGCUUUGUGGCAGUUACAAGCAAGGCAGCCCGGCUUUACUUCUUCUCCUUUCAUCUUUGCUGUGUAGUCAUUGUUCUCAAUAUUUUCACUGCAUUUAUCCUGGAGGCUUUUAUACUUGAAUACACACUGCAAACUGUCCCCAAACUUGAGUCAGUGGUUGAGGCUAAAAUCAAAGAACUAGGUCUUGGUAUUGGCAUGAAAACAAAAAAGAAAACAAUACAAGGCCCAUCUGGUGACCAGAUUGAGCUGGUAGAAGAAGAAAUCCAGCCAGAACCAGAUGAACCAGAUGGCAAGCCAGAUGAUGGAGACUCAGACACAGACAGCUUGCCAGAUCUUUCCAAAGAGAAAGGCCUAAAAUUCCAUUUGAAAAAGAAUAGUCGCAAGAAAGUUGAGGUUCUGCUACAGCAGAUGUUCCAGGGUGAGUUGGGUGAUGAUGACGAAGGCCCACCAAAUAAUUCAGACAUUGAAAACUAUAAGAAGAAAAGGAAACUAACCCUUGAAGAGGUCACGUAAAAUAAUACAAAGUGUGACUAGUGUAUUAAAAUUGUACGUAUAGCUUUAGUUUUUAUGAAUUUAAAUGUAAUUUUAUGGUAUCAUAAUUUGAAAAUCAUUGUAAACAUUUGUUAUCAAAUGAUCCCAAAGAUAUGUUGCCAGAUUUUUUAAAUAUUUGUUUUGGAUUUUUAGCUUUAAACAAUUUAAGGAUCAAACUACUCUAAUAAAAAUUUAAUUUGUUUCCAAUUUUUUAAUGUUCUGCAAUAUUUUUUGUGUAAAUUUACCAUUGAAUGUGGUAAAAUAAUUAUAAAAACAAACCUUUCUUUUUAAUGCAAAGGUUAUCAAAAUAAUACUUCCAUAACUUUUUGCAAUCCAGUAUUAAUUUUUUAAUAUUUUUAUAUUAAUCAGAACUUUUUUUCUGUUUUAAAAAUUGUGGAAAUCUAGUCUAAUUUUAUGUAAAGACAAAAAAAUUGCAGUUUUUAAACCAAAAGAUUCAUAUAACUAUUAAUACUCAAAGUAUUUAUUUUGAAAGUAUUUUACAACUAAAGUUUAAUUAUUAACACUCAUUUGUAAUUAGCAGUCAAGCCUAUUGUUUUGAUGUAAUUGUUUGUAAAUAAUUGAUUCAUGUUGAAGUCAACACUGUAAGCUAAGACUUUCAAAGUGAACAGGAUAUAAAGAGCAUUUAACAAAUGUAUACAUUGACUCAAAUUUUUUUACUGCCAAAUCUACAUGGCACUGUCACAAGGCAAUUCAUUAAAUCUUAUUGGCAUUUAAUAACUGUUUUCAAAUGCAAAUUGUAUGAUUAGGGAUAUGUAACAACUAAAUUGAUAUAUAAAACAUUAAAAAUGAAAUAAUUAUUACCCUAUUUUAAUGAAUGAGAAAUGUUUAAAUUAUGUAUAAAUUGUGUUCUAACUAAAACAGCUCUUAAGUGGGUGACAAAAAUGACAUUCCAUAGGUUUGGAAAGAGGUGGCAAAAAUGGCAUUCCAUAGGUUUGGCAAGGGGUAUAAAAAAAUGACAUUCCAUAGGUUUGGAAAGAGGUGGCAAAAAUGGCAUUCCAUAGGUUUGGCAAGGGGUAUAAAAAAUGGCAUUCCAUAAGUUUGGCAAUGGCAAGCUGUAAUUUUAGUGAGUAGCUAAGCUUCUGUGUCUAAUAAUUUCUGAAAUUUGAUGAUAAUCAAUUAACACAGAGUGCCUUUUUUUGGUUGUUUAUACAUGUGUGAUUUAUAUAACAUAUUCACUCAAUUUCUUUUUAUGCAACUUCACAAAUUGUGUUUUUUUUUUGUUUUAACAUUAUUUUUAAAUUAAAAAGUGUCUUCCUUUUAACCUAUACAUGAAAUACUAUUUAUUCUGUUGCAAUUUUAUGAGUAAUGCUCAAUUUUUAUGUGAUUUAUAAAAAAGUGUAAUUAAAUUAUAUUUUAUAUAUAACAAUGAUAGUUUUCAAUACACUGUUAUAAUCAAGCAUGAGCAAUACUUUAUAACUUACGAUUCUGUACUUUAUGCGGAGCACAUGCAUUGUGAUUGUUAUAAAUUUAUGAAGUGU